AUGCCCGACAAACUUCUGACGGGCAGUUGCAGCAGCAGCCAUGGAUGUGAGUGUCGUAUACUCGCUGGUACCUGCUCUGUUGGUAGUUAUGGCGAACGAGGGUUCAAAAAACUGGCCAUCCGCCUGGGAACCAACCAGCGGACUCAGAAGGAUACAAACACCUGGACCGCCGUCUCCACCUGGAGCAAGGCGCACCCUGACUACGACUUCGACAGCCAUAAUGAAAACGAUGUGGCUCUCGCGUUCCUGCCUGAGAAAGCUCCUCUGGGCGCUUGCAUCAAGACAGUGCCGCUACCUCUCAAAGCCGACGUCAAUAAAACCUACGUGGGACAGCGUCCUCUCAUCAGUGGCUGGGGACGGACCUCUAACACCUCAGAAUAUCCAGAGAACCUUCGAUGGAUUCGAGUGACGGUUAUUCCCAAUGAUGUUUGCUCAGUGAUCUACGGCCCAGGUGUCAUUAGAGAUAGUACGCUGUGUGCUGCAAGUAAUACACCUGGCAUAUGCUGGGGUGACCACGGCGGUGCCCUUGUUCUCAAGACUGAGGAAGGCUACACACAGAUCGGUGUGGCCAGCUAUUGCGGCGGGGACUGCCACUCAGAGGGGACACCUGCUGGGUACUCCAGAGUGACCUCCUACCUCAACUGGAUCGCCACAACCGGCGAGAUCACUCUUCCGUGAGAAGACGGUAUCACCUGCGACAGGUUUCCGUUCUGGUUCCAUCUCAGUGCUCAGUUAAUUUGAAAUGGAUUUC